AUGGAACCAGGCAAUGGUACACAGGUGCCAGCAUUUCUUCUCCUGGGACUGUCUGAACAAGCAGAACUGCAGCCCUUCAUAUUUGGGAUUUUCCUGUCCAUGUACCUCAUCAAUAUGUUCGGGAACCUGCUCAUCAUCCUGGCCAUCAGCUCAGACCCCCACCUCCACACCCCGAUGUACUUCUUCAUCGCCAACCUGGCCUUCGCGGACAUCUGCUUCACUUCCACCACCGUCCCCAAGAUGCUGCUGAACGUCCAGACACACAACAAGGCCAUCAGCUACACGGGCUGCGUUGCACAAAUAUACUUUUACCUGCUCUUUGCUGGGCUGGAUGACUUUCUCCUGACGGUGAUGGCCUACGACCGCUUUGUGGCCAUCUGCCACCCCCUGCACUACACGGUCAUCAUGAACCCCCGAUUCUGUGGGCUGCUUGUCCUGGUGUCCUGGACCAUCAGCGGCCUGAAUUCCUUGUUAGAGUGCUUAAUGUUGUUGCGAUUGUCCUUCUGCGACUUUGUGGAAAUCCCCCACUUCUUCUGUGAACUGAAUCAGAUGGUGCAACUUGCUUGCUCGGAUACGUUUGUUAACACUAUCGUUCUGUAUGUUGUAGCCCUCCUGCUGGGGGGCGGCCCCUUUGCUGGGAUCCUUUACUCCUACUCUAAAAUCGUUUCCUCUAUACGUAGCAUCUCAUCGGCUCAAGGGAAGUAUAAAGCCUUUUCCACCUGUGCAUCUCACCUGCUGGUUGUCUUUUUAUUUUAUACCACGGUCCUAGGCGUGUAUCUGAGCUCUGCGGCUACUCACAGCUCCCAGUCGAGUGCCACCGCCUCCGUGAUGUACACGGUGGUCACCCCCAUGCUGAACCCCUUCAUCUAUAGCCUCAGGAACAAAGACAUCAAGAGGGCUCUGAAGAGAUUCUUUAUGAAGGAAACCACAAAAAGGCGAAUUGUUGUUGGGCCAAAGAGGUGA